GAGAGAAUAAAAACUGGCAUCAGUUUGCUAAUUAACUUAUCAGUGGUGAUUAUGCUCCAGUGGACGAUAUAUACUAAUUAUUUCUCCAAUGGCUGUGCCAUACAUUAUUGAAUAGUGCCUAACGUGACAAUCCCCCAAGCCAUUGGCAGGAUUGAGCGGUUACUGUAAAGUUCUUGUGUGUAGGAUAAGACGUGCCAUUGCGAGGGGCUAUGAAAAACACAGAAUAUUCAUCUAACCCAUCAAUCUAAACAAUGUUUCGGAUAUUAGACAAGUACCUGAGGUUUGAUGGGGAAAACAUGUACAUGAGUACAAAUGAAAGUAACCAGGACUUCCUUUCAACAAAUCAGACGUAUAAUGGUCAAAACGAGAACAACGAAGACUAUGAGAUCCCCCCAAUCACCCCACCAAAUCUGCCAGAUCCUUCGCUCCUUCACCUGGUGGACCAUGAGUCAGGAUAUCACUCCCUCUGUCAUAGCCUCCCUCCAAACAGCCUGAUACCGGCUUACUCGUACCAGAACAUGGAUCUACCUGCCAUCAUGGUCUCCAACAUGUUAAGCCAAGAAGGACAUCUCCUCUCCUCUCAGCUGCCCACAAUACAGGAGCUGGUGCACUCCGAUGGAUCUUCUUACGAUCACAACCAUCAAGUUUCACUGUUAAACCGGUCUGGGAUGCUCCCUAGUCACAUGAAUGCCCUCAGCCAAUCACAACUGAUUUCUCAGAUGGGUAUGCGGAGCGCGGUAACACACGGAUCCCCUUCUCCACCAGGAAGCAAAUCCGCCACGCCAUCUCCAUCUAGCUCUACCCAGGAGGAGGACACAGAAUCCCAUUAUAAGGUUGCUGGGGAGAAACGACCUUCGGCUGACCUUGGUAAAAAACCCAAAAAUCAAAAGAAAAAGAAGAAGAAAGACCCAAAUGAACCACAGAAACCCGUGUCUGCAUACGCUCUGUUCUUCAGGGACACCCAAGCUGCAAUCAAGGGACAGAACCCCAAUGCCACUUUUGGGGAUGUGUCUAAAAUUGUUGCAUCAAUGUGGGACAGUCUGGGUGAAGAACAGAAGCAGGCCUAUAAGAGGAAGACGGAGGCAGCCAAGAAAGAGUAUCUGAAGGCCCUUGCAGCGUACAGAGCAAGCCUGGUUUCCAAGAGCUACAGUGACCAGGGAGAAACAAAGAACUCCCAGCCCAACCAGCCCUCAAAAAUGAUUCUCCCAAAGCAGUCGAUGUACAACCUGCCUCCGCAGACCUCCUCCCCAUACCCAGGAUUGGCCCCCUUUUUGUCCCCUGCAGAACUGCAAAAUUACCGUGGGCAUCAUCACCCCAGCCUGUCCCGGAGUCUGAAUGCCAAAUCCAUGAUGUCCAGCAUCAGUGCCUCCCCUCCACCCACAUUCCAAAUCAGUCCACCCCUUCACCAGCACCUGCGUCACCCUCCCAGCUCUCUCCUUAACCAGUCCCUCAACAUGCAGCAAGUAUCCCAGCCUCCCAUCCUUACACCUUCCUUGGCACUUCAGUCCCCCAUGAGCUCAUCUCCCACAGGUCAACAGGACUUUUCACAUGUUUCAUCAGAAUUCCCGAAUAGCGUUGGUCCUCGUUCCCCAGCCUCCUCCAACCCCCCUGGAAACACGGACUGGGACAAUGAAUUUCCCAACAGAGAGUGUGGGAUCAACCACUGCAAUUCUCUGCCAGGAGACAAGUCUCUCUACCUCACCUAGAACCACAAGAGCAUCCGACGAUGAAGGCCAAUGGAAUGAACAUUUUAGAAAGUCUACAGCACUGGACAUUUAAGAAAGCACUGUUACCAAGACAAUAUGGACUUCAGUGGUUGGUUUCUCCACAAGUCUCAGAGAAUCGGUUUGGUUUGGGAAACUGUACUUGGUGAAGUUAUACGCCAAACCACUAUAAACCUAAAGAACAAAAGAGACACCUCUUCUUGCCAUCAUAUUGGCCACAGAAGAUUUGAGGAUAAAUAGUGUACGCGGGGUGGCUAAUAGAAAAUGUAAAGAGGUCUGUUAAUAUUGUACAAUUUAAAAUAAAAUAAAAAACAAAAAAUACCCCCUCACCAAAAAUGAAAACAAUGAAUCUUAUACGUGGGAGCUGAUACCUAAAUAAAUAAAAUGUGCAAA